AUGAUUGAAACUACAGCCGACAACCGGCUGUGUCCAGUUUGCCUGCAGUUAUUACAACUGAAGAAGAUCGGUGGGGGCGGGUUCGGGGAGAUCUACGAGGCCUUGGACCUGCUGACGCGGGAGAAUGUGGCGCUGAAGGUGGAGUCGGCCCAGCAGCCCAAACAGGUGCUGAAGAUGGAGGUGGCGGUGCUCAAGAAGCUGCAGGGUAAAAACCACGUCUGUAAGUUCAUUGGCUGUGGGAGAAACGACAAAUUCAACUACGUGGUCAUGCAGCUUCAGGGUCGUAACCUGGCUGAUCUGCGGAGGAGUCAGCCCAGAGGAACCUUCACGAUGAGCACCACUCUGCGGCUCGGGAAGCAGAUCCUGGAGUCCAUCGAGGCCAUCCACUCAGUGGGCUUCCUGCACCGCGACAUCAAACCAUCAAACUUUGCAAUGGGCCGGCUUCCCUCCACCUACAGGAAGUGCUACAUGCUGGACUUUGGUCUGGCCCGACAAUACACCAACACGACGGGGGAGGUCCGACCGCCGAGGACUGUGGCUGGUUUCAGAGGGACGGUCCGCUACGCUUCAGUCAACGCUCAUAAAAACAAGGAAAUGGGUCGCCAUGACGACCUGUGGUCAUUGUUUUACAUGUUGGUGGAGUUUGCUGUUGGACAGUUGCCUUGGCGAAAAAUCAAAGACAAGGAACAAGUGGGUCAGAUUAAAGAGCGUUACGACCAUCGGAUGCUGCUCAAACACAUGCCUUCAGAGUUUAAUAUCUUCCUGGACCACGUUCUGGCCCUGGACUACUACACCAAACCAGACUACCAGCUGCUCAUGUCGGUGUUUGAGAACAGCAUGAAGGAGCGAAUCAUCACAGAGAACGAGCCUUUUGACUGGGAGAAGGGAGGAGGUGAUGUCACGCUGUCAACCAGUGCCUCCACACAACCACAGCACAACACCCGACCCACUGCCGCCAUGGUUGGAGCCAUCGUGACGCCCAUUCCUGGAGAUCUUCAGCGGGAGAACACCGACGACGUUCUGCAGGAUGAACACCUGAGUGACCAGGAGAACGCCCCACCCGCCCCACCCAGCCGCCCCCCCGGGGAGACGAGUGCCCAGCAUGUCGGGGAGACGGGAGAGACCUGGGAGGACACGGACUUCAACCGCAACAGACUCAGGAUCAGCCUGAACAAGGGCACUCAGGAGGAGGAGUCAGGUCGGGGGGCGUGUCCAGCGUCACCGGUUCGAGGAGGAGCCCCAGAGUCGCCCACAGGUCAGGGUCGGUCGUUACGCUACCGCCGAGUCAACAGCCCCGAAUCUGACCGUCUUUCUGCUGCUGAUGGCCGAGUCGACGGAUAUGGACAGAGGUCGAGAAUGGACAUCCUUGGCUCUCCUUCUCGGCACGUUUAUUCCUCACAGCCCGCUCAGAUGCUGUCUGUUGACCCUGGUUGCCGUGGUGAUCGUCAGGUCAGCGGCCGGCAGGAAGUGUCAGUGGCGUCAGUGGACCAGGAAGCGCACAGCAACGCCUUUAUUCGCUCCGUCCCGCUGGCCGAGGAGGAGGACUUUGACAGCAAAGAGUGGGUGAUCAUCGACAAAGAGACGGAGCUUCGAGACUUCCAACCGACAACGUCAGGAACCACAGACGAAGAGCCUGAGGAGCUCCGCCCCCUGGAGGAGCAGGAGGAGAGGAGAAGGCUCAGAGCGGGAGGAGGCGAGCUGGUGGUCCGACCAAAGACUCACACCAGGGAGAGCAGCCGAGGGAUGCUAACGCUAACGGAGGAGGAGGCGUCAAGGAGGAGCGGAGGAAGCCCCGCCCAGUCACCGUGUCACUCGCUACCAUCAGGACGCCCCCGCCGGAGAGAGUCAGAGCCCAUUGGACCUCAGAGACCGGUGCUGUCACCCACGGAGCCGAUUAUCCCAUCACCGUCCUCCCCAGACUAUCGGACGAAGGGCCAGGGAGACGAGAAGGAGCAUUUCCACAUCCUCCCUCAGCUCCAAGUCAAGAGGGCCGACUUCCUCACCGUCAUGCUAACCGGUACCUUACCUCAGCGCCGGAGCUUUGCCACACCGGAUGAAGAUGUCCCAGAGCCUGCAGGGCCAAGAGAUGAUGAUGUCACUAAAAGUGAGUCAAACAGUGAGGCCAGUCAGAAGAGCACUGAGCGUAGCCAGGACGCUGCACCUUCAACCCUCAUGGCAGAGGACCAGAGGGGUCAGAGGGAGCACGCCUCAGCUGCUGACGCAGACCCCGACCUGGAAAAAACACUCGUCCUGUUCUCUCCUGGAGACACUCGUAAGUCUCCCUCUGGUGCUGAUCAUGGUCUAGAGGGUGAGCUGGCUACACCAUGUGCCCUCUCAUCCCGUCACCUCCUGGUCGGGGAGGGGCUUCAGCCAGAGUCCUCCGAGACUGGACGUUUGUCCCCCGCUCUCAGGUCGGACCUCAGACCUUCCACUCCAAUCGCUCCUGGUUCUCCGCCCUUCACAAAGGUAGAGCGCACAUUCGUCCAUAUUGCAGAGACAUCACAUCUCAACGUCAUGUCUUCCAAUGGUCACUCUGCCCGAGAGAGUGACCGGGAAGUCCUGGCCAUCAUGAAGGCAUCAGUGGUAGAGGACGUCACCCAAGAACAAGGAAUAGAACCGACAACAGAAAAGUCUCCAGAGGAGUCCGUGCCAGACCAAGGUACCACUUCUGAUAAGCAUCCCAAAACUGAAAAUGGUCCGUCGCCUGUGCUGGCCAAGUCUUUAGAGCCUGUUCCAGAAGUCUUGUCUCCUGUUCUUGAACUUAAAGAUCUUUCUCUGGAUCUUAAGAAACAUUUACCAUCCAGUGAAGACGACGCAAAGCUUCAAACGACUGCAUCAGAACUACAGGCUGCAAUAAAACCCAAAAUCAAAAGCAGAAUCCCAAUCCUCAUCUCUGAAGAAGACUCAGGCUCUGAGCAGUCCUCCUCCCUCUCAGCUCGGGCUCGACUACAGCAGCGGGCCAGGCAGCUUGACUUGGCCCGCAUGUUGGUCCAGAGGCAGCAGGGUCGCUGGAUGAGGAGGAGGAUGCUGUCUGGGACGUCCUCGUCGUUAUCCUCUGGGGACGAAGAGCGCAGGAGGGCUUCUGAAACUUUGUCUACCACUGGCUCAGAGGAGGACAUGCAUACCUCAGACGAGUCCAGGAGGAGCUCCCGUCUCAAGCCAACUAAAGAGCAGGGCUCCAAGGAGUGCAGGAGCAGGAUCCCCAGGCCUGUCACCCCCAUAAAGAGGCCUUCAGUGGGACUUGCCUCUGCUUCUCCCUCUCCUCUCUCCCUGCCAGAGUCCAGCGCUACCAAAGGAGCAUCAUCCUUCUCUAAUGGAAAUCAGAAAAUUGGACUAAGCACUCUUAGCACUCAAAGAAAACCCAAACCCGUCGUCCCAAGGUCCUCCUCUUCAUGUCCUCGUCCUUCUGCUGCCCCUGCUCCGUCAGGUAGUCCUCGAAUGCCCCUGAGAGUCCUGUUUGGGACCCGUCGCAGCCUUAGCUCCACCCACUGCAGGACAGAUAGCCCCUCCCCUCAGAGGGUAUGUCCGUCCAGGCAACCCCUUUCUGUUCGAACCCCAACCGUCCCUGUGCUACCGCCAAGGACAACGACAAACAUGCGGCGCAGCGCCUCACAGGAAGCCACGGCCCAGACCUCCUCCGGCAUCACGCCUACCAGGACCAGGCCCAAAGCAGCCGCCGCUGCAGCUAAGGGGAAGCCAAAUACCAGGGAGAAGUCUGUGCCCGCUAGAUAAUACAAAGAGACUCAAAGCCGAGUUACAUUUGUGUAUAAUCAGUCCCCGGACGCGCUACGCCUCAAAUGUUUUCACUCCAUAUUAGACUCCUUCAUGUAUUCUGAUCUCUUCUACUUUCCAAGGACAGCUAACUAACUUUCUUCAUGGGCUUCCAGUAAACCUGAGUGACGGUUGUACAGAAGUGUUGCUGCCAUGGUGCUAUGGAUGUGUGCUGCUCCCUGGGCAAUCCCUGGUUUAACCUCCAGCUUCAGAGACUCUUUCCACUGCGCGUUUCUUUCUGGCAGAGGAUGAAGCACUGAAAAAAAAAACACGUCAGUUUCAUUCCUUAGAAAAGAUUAUCUUGAUUAGUAUCGCCACUAAAAGUGCAAACUAGAGAGUUUAAUGAUCUCUCGUAGAUCCUCCUCACAGUCAUAGAGGACGGAGGUUUUCAGAGAUAACAGCUGUGUCCUAAUUCAGGGGCUGCCGCCUUCAAAGGCCGCAUAUGAAAACACCAAACACUGUCCGAUUUUGACCGGUCCUUCAAAUGUGUCAGUUUUUCCUCUAUGGCCCAACAUAUCCCAAAAUUCUAACAAAAUGGCCGACUUAUAUGUGGCCAAGGGUUACACUUUAAAACGUAAGUCAUUUGUUUUUACUCAAUCAAAAAGCUAACAAAAUAAAUGUUAAAACUGAGAGGGGUCCUGAGGUCGCAGGAGCGAUGCUUAGCAACGCGGUGAGGGGCAGGAAUAGCCAGCAACACAAAUAGGAAGUCCUCUGUCGUCCAGAUCGUCACAUUUCAGAUCAGUCUGCUCAGCCUCUGAAGUCUGAUAACUAGCAGCGACUUCUGUGGAAAAUGAAGCCGAUGUUGAAGUGCAAAAUAAUUGCAGUUCCUCGAGUGUCCACUAGAGGCUGGCUCACUUAAACACCCCAAAUAAAAAUGUAAGUUUUUACAGCAGAAAAGAACAAAUCUGGUCUCUUUAUGUCUUUAUUGGCACACACUGUACAAUAACAAAUAUCCAUCUCAUUAUCCUUUUUCAAUUUGUUUCCGACGGUUAUCUCUAACGGCGACUGUCUUUGGGCUUCAAAGACAACAGGUGACAUCACUGAGAGUACGUCCAUGUUUUCUACAGUUUUUGGAUGCUACCCCUGAGAUGGGACACAGCAAACGACGCCUUCCUGUCAUCGCCUCCUCUUACAGCUGUCAGUAGACGUAAAGUCAGCUCGUACCCUAACCCGCCUUCUGAUUGGUUAAAUGAAAACAAAGUGGUGAUGAAAUAGCCUAUUAAGGAUUGACGCCUAGUUUUCACUUACUGUGUACGGAGGAAAAGGGGAACGUGAAACUCUGAACUGACGCCUCGAGUACGUAAAAAAAGAUCUGUUUGACAGUGUGCUAGCCUAGCUAACAGGCUGCUAACAAGCUAACAGGCUGCUAACUAGCCAACAGGUUGUUAACAAGCUAACAGGCCGCUAACUAGCUAACAUGCUGCUAACUAGCUAACAGGCUGCUAACUAGCUAACAUACUGCUAACUAGCUAACAGGCUGCUAACAAGCUAACAGGCUGCUAACUAGCUAACAUACUGCUAACUAGCUAACAGGCUGCUAACUAGCUAACAGGCUGCUAACUAGCUAACAUACUGCUAACUAGCUAACAUGCUGCUAGGAUGAUUCAGUGUUAAAUUGUAAAGUGAGUUAGUUUGAACUUUGUUAAUCUCGUUUUAAAUCAUCGUCUGUUUAAGUUUUUUGCCAAAAUGUGGUCAAACAUAAUUUAUCGUCUUCGUCUUCGUCCGUUUGAUAUUCGACGAUUGAUAUUACAAACUACUGGAUGGUGAAAAACAUGAGGAGCCUCAUGGCUGCAGGUUUCGAUCAGGAUUCCUCUGGCUUAAAGAAACGCACUCCUGACGGUUAUGUGAGGUGUAGUGCAGCUGCCGUGGGUUCGAAUCCGACCUCGGCCCUUUGCUGCACGUCAUCCCCCUACUCUCUCCUCCCUUCACUUCCUGUCUCUUUUCAGCUGAUCCAAUAAAGAACAGAAACGCACACUAGGGGGCGUCGUCCGUAUAUAUCUAUGGAUCUACAGACAGAAGAUGGCGAGAGCUUUUCCUCCACGCUCGCUGAAAAGAGACACGCCCAGAAAAAAAGCACUGAGUGGACUCGGGCCUGUCACAGCCCCCCAGCCCCCCCC